UUAAAGAUUAUUUCUAAUCAUGGAGUUGGAUAUGAUAAUGUUGAUGUCAAGACAGCUCUCUCUAUAAAAUCAUCACCAAUUGUUGUUACUCACACACCUGAUGUGGUGAGUGAUGCAACAGCUGAUGUUGCUUUCACUUUAAUGUUGAAUGCAUCGAGAAAAUCAAGAAUAUUUGAGGAACGUUUGAGACAAGUCAAGUGGAAAUCUGGAUUGGAAACUGUUUUGGGAAAUGAUUUGAGAGGAAAGACUUUGGGAAUUAUUGGAAUGGGAAGUAUUGGUAAGAAAGUAGCUCAGAGAGCUAUUGGAUUUGGAAUGAAGAUUGUUUAUUAUCAAAGAAACCAAAAUUUAGAAUUUGAGAAGAAUCUCAAUACUGCUGGUCAAACUUUGGACGAAUUAUUGGUACAGUCGGAUGUGAUUUCUGUCAAUACUCCACUCACUGAAUCAACACGUCACUUGUUGAGUAAGGCACAAUUUGAUAAGAUGAAGCCAAAUUGUCUUGUAAUUAAUACGGCUAGAGGAGCAGUUAUCAAUGAAAAGGAUCUCGUUGAAGCAUUGAAGAAUAAGAAAAUUGCUGGAUGUGGUUUGGAUGUUUUUGAAUUUGAACCAAAGAUUACUGAAGAGUUACUGGAAUUGGCUAAGGAAAAUCCAAACAUUUCACUUCUUCCACACAUUGGAACUCAAACUGUAGAAACCCGUGUAGAUAUGGAACGUUUGUGUCUUGUUAAUUUGGAAAAUUAUCUUACUUUGAAGAAGAAUCCACUCACUCCAGUUCCAGAACACAAACAUUUAUUUCAAUAA